AUGUACGCCCGCCGCCGCACCCGCCAAGCCGUAGUCCCGCCGAGCCCCAGCUCCCUGAGCACGGCCACGCAGCGAUCCCGGAGGCGCUAUCCUAGGCGAGACGACACGGAACGUGUAGAUGCAUUACUCCAAAGACAUAGAGCGCCGCUGCGAGCUCUCUAUUGCCACCUCGAGGCCCAAUCUAGAAGAGAAACGGAACACACCGAUUCAUCCUACUUUGGCGGGUACUUUGGGGACGGCGCAUCCCCAUUAGCUUGGGAUGUGGUACAGAGGGAACGUCUAAGACCCCGCUCCUCAGUGGUCGCACGAGCGGCAGCUAGAUGGAGGAACGCGGGUAGCGACGUGCAGCGAUAUCUUCGCGGUAGAUUCCGGAGCGACACGGUCGAGUUCGAGGGCUUCGAGGCUUUUUUCGCCGGCUGGGCGCGGCGGUCGGAGGGCGGGCUCGAGGCCUGUUUACGCGCUUUAGCGGAGGAGAGUUGUGGUGUGAUCGAGGCUUCGUUAGCUUCCUCGCUGAAACUCAAGGCCCCGGUUUGGUUACUGUCGCGGGACGAACGACCUUCAUCAAGUGUAGAUGAGGUCUGGCGCCUGGCCUUCAAGACGCUCGCCACGAAUGGCGAGUGGAGAUGUGGAGACGCUUAUAGAUUUUGUAGGAGUGCGGGGUUGCUCGGCGACGCGUUGUCGCCCUCGUUUUUGCUCGCGGCCUUCGAGAACGCAUUUACCUGUGUGGAAAUCAAAUUUCGGGCGCCCCACGUUGUCUCCGUAGUUGUAUCUGCUCGAUGGCGUGGAGGUUCACGAAGUAUAACCUAACUCACUGGUCGAUUUCCACACAGGCGUGUUCGGCAGGUAGCGGCACGAACGUCGCCCACUCGUCCUCCGUGUUGGGCUAUGUAGCUAGACAAGAACCAUCACUAACGACAGAAAGGGCCUGCGAGCAGUUCCUGAGGAAGGUCGCGAGUUGCUGGUGGCGCGGCGAGAACGGUUCAGAUGAUGUUAAGAGGGAUGUGUUCCAGUGUUUUGUGGGCGAAAGGGUGCUACCUUUACUAGCUUGUACCAGAAAAGAUGUACCCACAACCAGAGAUGAUCUCGAGGUGGACGCUUCUACAUUGAGAGUGGUCCGAGACCACGAUAUGGCUUUACGGUGCCUCUUCGCGGCCUACUGCCAAGAGUCCACUGAGUGUGUACCAUUGCUGGGCGUGCUGCACUUCGCGCGGGACUUUCGGUUGCUGACCGCGGGUCGAUUCCCCCCUGCGAUCGUCGUGGACUGCGCGCGGUCGGCACGACACGCGCGCCACCCGAAGGCCAUGAACACGUCCCUGAGAUGGCCGGAGUUCGUCGAGGCGCUGUUGCGACUGGCCCAAUCUUCUGACGGGGAUGAGUCACUCGCGGAGAAGACUCGCAAGUUGCUCCAAGUGAUGGAUCCGACGGGACGAGUGUUCAAGCGCGGGACCGACGUGGAGGUCGAGGCGACGGCGACGGAGACUGAUGAGAGUACAGUGGAGGAGCCUUUAUCACGUACGAAUGAUCUCUUGGACGCGUCGGACGCUGUUACGCGGCGAGCGCAAGCGACGCGGGCCGCGGCGGCGCAGUGCCUUGCCGCGGCCGCUGAUGCUACGCUACAGUUAGCAGCUGCCUCCGGAGAAGAAGCCCAGGAAUUGCGAGCCAUCGCGGACGGCAUGGCCGUGGCCGCGCGAGCUGCGGCUCGUCGAGGCGUGGCGCGGCCGCCGCCUCUGCCGCGCAUCGAGGCGCCUCCGCUCUCACCGGAAUCGUCGGAACGGGAGUGGCCGCCGCCGUCGCGGAAAUCCGCUGAUGAGCUCUGGAGGUCACCUAGGGGCGCGUCGAGCCCGCCGCCGCCACCGAAACGGAAAGUGCCGGCCAUCGACCUCUCAGAGGCUACAGUAGAAGAGAAGGCGGAGGAGCCGGACCACUGGUGGUGGGUCGACCGGGUGGACAAGCCCGUGGAGGCGGCUAGGCAUGUGGGUGCGACGGCGGUGCAGUCCCACUGUCGCGGCUUUUUGCUGCGGAAGCGGCUGGCUCGUUUAGUGGAGGAGGUGGCUACGUCUCAAAAGUCGGAGAGCGUCGAAGAGCCAGAAGAAGUACAGGAGGAGGAGGAAGAACCGAUCAAGAGCGAGGAGGAAGUAGUACAAUCCCAACAAGAAGCGUGCACCGAGGACGAGCGGGCCGUGAUUCAUGCCUUUGCGCUGGCGGCGUUGCUAGGUGAUGGAAGUCCCAGGCGUAUUGCUAGAGCUCGUGUCUUAGUAGAAACGCUCAAGAAGCUGCCGGACGUGGAGGAUGGCGGCGAAGCUGUGGUUGCGGCCCUCGAUAAAGCGGGCGACCUGCAUGUCGACGAGGACAAGCCGACCUUGGAGAAGCUCGAAGUUGCUCUCAGGGAUGCUCUAUCGAGAGUCGCGGUCGCGGAGAAGUUCAACCCGGCCGCGGCUCGGGACGCGCGCGUCACGGCUGAAAGAUUAGGUGCUGCGGUUCGGCGCCAUCCUGGGUUUUGGGCUCGUAGAGCGGCGGCGGAUGCGGCCUGGGAGGCGCGGGAGCGACCAGCCAAUAGAGACGCCUUAGCUGCCAUGCGGAAACUGGUUCCAAGAGAUGUGAGGAACAUGAGGGUCGAGGAGGUAGCUGCAUUUCUUGGCGGUCGCGUGGGCUUGCACUCCGACGACGCGCGGCUGAAACCCCUGGCUAAAAGGAUCGUGGACCAGAAGAUUCUGUGGCUGGUGCACCACGAUCCCGCUCGAACGGCGAAAAUACACAUCGCGGAUUUACGUUCUAGAUAUAUGUACCACGACCUCGAUGCCGUUGAGUUACGCGCUGUGUACGCCGCCCUGCCGUCGGAAUUCGAACACGACGAGGACAAUGCCAAGCAGACUUGGAGAAGGGACGUCCGGAGGAAGCUCGAGGACAGCGUGAAGAAGUGCGACGCUGGGGAUUCUAGGGCGGGCCACCCGGCUUAUGAUGUCCUGUCCACCGCUACGAGACCGCCGACGCCGCCGCCCCAAGAAUCGACGGAUGUGAGCGCCGAGGCGUCCGACGCGUCGGGACCCGUCAGUGUGCCGAAACGCGUGGCUUCGGCAGGGACGCUGGAAAGCGCGUUGAGCUUUGAAGAUUUGAUGGAGAAGCAAGGGCCGUUUCGGGCGGCUUCACCAGUGCCGCCUCCACAACAGGAGGAGAAGCCGCCGGACUGGCGCGAGUGCUACGACGCAAAUUAUAAACGGACGUACUUUUUUAACGUGGCUUCUGGUGAAAGCCGGUGGCGGGCGCCCGACGAUAGGUACGUGCCCUACGAGAAACCUAUCGAAGGGCCGGUCCGGGCGCAGUCUGUGGAUCCUGCAGCUUUGAAGAUGGCGGCGGAACGGGUCAAACGGUCGCUGUCCGAGAGCGCGAUGCCCUUCGUCGCCGAACACGGGUAAUGGUUUUGCGAUCAAUUAGUCGAUGGGGAGGCC